AUGAUGGCGCGUGUCAUCCUCGUGCUCGCGACAUUAUCGCUCGUCGUCGCCCCCACGCUGUCCCAAGAGAGUGCGACGUCCGACGCCACUGACGUCGCCGCGCCCGCGCCCGUCCCUGUCUCUGCGCCCGCCCCUACCCUCGCUCCUGUGGUCCCCACGCCCGCCUUUGACCGCGCCGAUACCAAUCAUAAUGGUGUAGUGGACCACACAGAAUUCACUGCUUUCACCACCGCGCUCUCGCACGCACUUGAUCCAUUUCUAAACGCGGGUCCCAUUUCUAAAAGCAACAAAAAUAACGACAACGACGCCAAAAAUGACGACGACGCCGCCAAAAAUGACGAUAAAGAAGACGAAAAUGACGAUAACGAGGACGAAAAUGACGAUAAAGAGGACAAUCACGAAGCAGAUGGCGCUGGCGCUGGCGCUCCUGGUGGCUGGCAAAAUGUGCUGCUCACACGUCCGCGGUUCAAGCUGCAGCCUGGUGGUCCCAAGCAGCUCUUCUGGUCGGGCUUUGUGAGCGGUUUGCUGACCAUUUGGGCCACGGAAAUUGGGGACAAGACGUUCUUUAUUGCAGCCAUUUUGAGCAUGAAGAAGGACCGCGUGGUCGUGUUUGCAGGCGCCAUUGGCGCGCUCAUUGUCAUGACGGUGCUCUCGGUCGUGAUGGGCGUCGUGGCGACCAAGUUCCUGCCGCCAAGUGUGACGCACUAUCUCGGGGCUGUGCUGUUUGUGCUCUUUGGGGCCAAGAUGCUGUACGAUGCGAGGGAGAUGAAUGCGGCGGGUCCGUCGGAUGAAUUGAUUGAGGUGGAGGAGGAGCUGAUGGGCAAGAAGGACGAGGGUGGUCUUUCGGCUAAGCAAGUGGAGGAAGGCGUGGUCAAGGCAGACAUUUCGACAGACGGCAUGAUUCAGGUGUUUUCGCAGACGUUCCUUAUGACGUUCUUGGCGGAAUGGGGCGACCGGUCACAGAUUGCGACGGUGACGCUGUCGGCGACCAAGGAUGCGUUCGGCGUGACGCUUGGCGCGAUCCUCGGCCACUCAAUGUGUACGGGCAUUGCUGUCCUAGGCGGCAAGUUUCUGGCCAAGCGCAUCUCGGAACGGACCGUGACGCUCGUAGGUGGCGUCCUCUUUGUGCUGUUUGCGCUGCACUCGUUCGUGACGGGUCCCAGCGUAGCGAAGUAG